AUGAACCCUGAGAGAGUCCAGGGGGGACCUCUCCGACGUGGGCUCCCAAGGCCAUGCCGGGGUAUCGAGAAGCAGCUGUUGGGCCCUCGGGGUGAGGCAGGAGUCCCUGAGAUCACGGUGCAGGUUCAGCCCGACACCAUCGCCAUGCCCCUGGGUCAGAGGAGUGAGCUGUGGAAGCUGGAGGAAGACCCCGGUCCAGGACCGGGACAGGGCCUGGAGGAGGCAAAGCAGUGCGGGGCUGGAGGGGAGGAGACCCUACCUCCCUCCUCCGCCUCUGCCUCCUCCCAGUCCACCGUCCCUUCCCUCUCUUGCUCGGCCCUGUCUCUGGGCCCCCAGGAGGAGGGGUCUGCUGCGGGGACCCCGAGUCCUCCCCAGAGCCCUCAGAUGGCCUGCCCCUUGCCCGCGGCCAUGGCAGCCACUGCCUGGAGCCCGCCCGACCAGGGCUCCAGCAGCUCAGAUGAGGAGGGGUCCAGCACCGGGGAGGAGUCCGAAGAAGCCGAGCCCAGGCUCUCUGACAUACUCCAAGAGAAGACAGCUGACCUGGUGGGGUUCCUGCUCCUCAAGUAUCUCACCAAGGAGCCGGCCAGCCAGGCGGAGAUGCUGGCGAUCGUCGGCGAGGAUGAGCAGGCCGCCUUCCCCGGGAUGCUGGGCCAGGCGUCCGAGUGCAUGCGGCUGGUGUUCGGCGUGGAGGUGAAAGAAGUGGACCCCAGCGAGCACUCCUACGUCCUGGUCACCGUCCUGGGCCUCACCUGCGAUGCGAUGCUGAGCGGUGAGCAGGGCCCGCCCAAGACCGGCCUCCUGGUGGUGCUCCUGGCGGUGAUCCUCCUGGAGGGCGACCGUGCCCCCGAGGAGGUGGUGUGGGAAGCGCUGGGGGUCAUGGGGGUGUAUGCCGGCGAGGAGCACAUCAUCUACGGGGAGCCCCGGGAGCUCCUGACCAACGUCUGGGUGCGGGAAGGGUACCUGGAGUACCGGCAGGUGCCCGGCUGUGACCCUGCCCGCUACGAGUUCCUGUGGGGUCCCAGGGCCCACGCGGAAACCAGCAGGAUGCAGGUGCUGGAGUAUUUGCUGCGGGUCUAUCCCGGGCUGCCGGUUUCCUCCCUGGCCCCCUCUGCAGAGGCUGCAUUCCUAUCGAAGGCGCCCCAGGGCCCUGGAUCCGUUCUUUGCCAUGGCAGCACAGAACAGAGAGCGCACCGCGUCCUCAGCCAGACUCUGGUGUCCGACCCAUGGACGCUUAUGCGUGUGUCAUGCCCGACGUGUGGGCCUUACUGCUCCGCGCAGGGCGGGCGGCCUUCCCCACAGGAGCCCCCGUUCGGGAAACGGGCUGUAGGGAUGCUUCCUGCCCCCUGCACCGCCAGGUCCCUGAGCUACCCUGUCAGUGCCCGCGGGGCCGUCAUGAGUCUCUUUUGGGAGCCGGGCAGCCAGCUGCAUGUGGGCCUUGUGGGAACUGGGGUGGGGGUCCUCCUCCUGGGGCCCGGCCCGCAGCCCCCAUGCCUCGUGCACUGCCCAGCCUGUCCUGACCCUGGCCUCGGUCUGCAAUGUCUGCGGUCUCGUCCUCCUGUCUCCCCGCUGCCCAGCCCUCACCCCCCAGUCUUCUCACACUCAUCCUGCCUCGGGAGGCCCCAGCCGUGGAUCCCGCUCAGCGUGCCCGCGCUUCCGCUAGAGCUGACUCGACACCCUGGUGGCGCGUGUGCCCGGGGCCCGCGAAUGACAGUCGUCGCCCGGUGA